AUGGCAGAAAAUGAGUUCUCGAGCUCCUCCUCGCUCGGACUGCAUAACACUCGAUGCUACUCCUUGAAACUGCCCUCACCCAAGGUUGCAGACCCUGCAGGUACACCGCAUACUACACUUUUGGACUCCUCGAGAAGUUCAAGGUGUUGCAACGUUUAUAUUGCUGCCAGGAAGAUCAGCGUAGCCUUGUCGCUGGACGGUCUCAUGUGUCUUGCGCGUGAGUCGCCAGCGCUUAGCGUGUCUGACCCCAGCCGAACGUUGGCAGCUCUAUAUUGCUCUUUCCGUAGACACAGAAGGAGGCAAAGAAGCUUGCAUCAUAUGGGCCCGUAG